AUGACGCUGAUCGUGGCAGUCGUAUUUAUUAUUCAAUCUAUUUUCACUCUUCCAGUACAAGCUCAUCUACCAGGAGUGCCUUCAUACGUGGUUCCGUCUGCUUUCCCGACAUCAAUUUUCUCCAGUUACUAUGUCAAGCCAGCACCAACAGCAGAACCUCAACCUGCUCUUUUCGACCCAGUUCUCAACAUCACAUAUCCGUUAAACUUGACCAGCCCAAGGACCAUCCCAUCGGCUAGCUCUGAUCCUGUCUAUUACCCACAGUCGAUCGCCAAUCUUACAAAUGCCACAUCGGAAGCAGUUAUUCAAGGUGCUUUGACAGAAAUCAAGAGCAUUAUAAGUGAUAAUGGAGGAUUAUCUGGCAACUGCUCAAAAUGUAUCGCGGCGCUAAGUGUCGGAAAGCUUGUUGCACAAUUAGCCCCAUCAUACCUUCCAGAAGCAAUGAUUUCACUUUGUCAGUCAACAAAAUGGGCUUCAAACUCGUCUUGUGUGACGACCUACGCUGCAGCGAACUUUGGUGCGAUUUGGACUCAAGUUCUGGCACUCGCAGACGUGACUGGGAAAGAUGGACAAUACAUUUGCAAUACGAUUAGCAGUACUUUCUGUGCGUCGCCAGUGUUGACACCCUUGAACACGACAGGGUUGUUUCCAAAGCCAAAGCCUACGAAUUAUACAAUGCGAAAGCCAAGCGGGACGCGAAUUAAAGUUCUUCAUUUAUCUGAUUUUCAUCUAGAUCCUAGGUAUGAAGUGGCUUCUGAAGCGAAUUGCUCAUCUGGGCUCUGCUGUAGAUACUCAGCUUCUGCACCAAUUUCUCAGGCAGUGUUACCAGCGCCAUUAUAUGGAACAUACAAAUGUGAUACUCCUUACUACCUUGGGUUAGCGGCUCUGCAAUCAAUUGCAUCUCUGACAGGGACUGGCAAAAGAAAGUCAGAUGCCGCUUGGUCAAUUUACACAGGAGAUCUUGUGUCACACGAUCCGGAAAAUGAAAUGUCACAGGCUUAUGUCGAAUACACUGAAACAAGCAUCUACAGCAUGCUCAAAUCAUAUUUAAAUGGCCCUGUUUUUGCCGUUCUUGGUAACCACGAUUCUAGUCCGGAAAAUAUUGAUGCUCCUCACAAGCUACCAGGCCCACUUGGUCAACAAUUCAGCUGGAAUUACAACCAUGUUGCUGGACUUUGGAAGCAUAACGGAUGGAUGAGCUCUUCGGAUGCCGCGCAAGCAGCCACGCACUAUGCUGCGUAUUCGGUCAAGAAUCACUACGGCCUUCGAAUUAUCACAUUGAAUACUGAUUUCUGGUAUCGUACGAAUUAUCUGAAUUUCAUAAACAGUAGCAAUCCAGACGUCUCGGGUUCCCUCGCUUUCCUGAUCAGCGAGCUCCAAAAAGCCGAGGACGCACAUGAACGCGUUUGGAUCAUUGGCCAUGUUCUCAGCGGAUGGGACGGUUCCAAUCCUCUCCUCGGUCCAACCGAUUUUUUCUACCAAAUAAUCGACCGUUACUCACCCCACGUAAUAGCCAAUACUUUCUGGGGCCACACCCAUGAAGAUCAAAUUAUGAUCUAUUACUCCAACAACGGCACAAUCCAAACCCCAGAAACAGCUCUCACCACAGGCUGGAUCGGCCCUAGCAUCACUCCACUCACAAACCUCAACUCCGGAUACAGAAUGUACGAAGUAGACACCUCAACUUUCGAGAUCUACGACGCAUAUACAUUCUACUCCGACAUAUCUCAAACACCAUACCUGAAUACCACCGGCCCAACAUUCAACUUCGAAUACUCAACGCGUGAUACCUACGGACCUGCCAUCUCAUGGCCAGGGACUGCACCAUUGAAUGCCACGUUUUGGCAUAAGGUCACGGAAGCGAUGGAAAAGAACAGGACUCUGGUAGAGGUGUUUAAUACGUUUCAGGGGAAGAUGAGUGUGAAGAGUCCGAAUUGCACGAGUGAUGCGUGUGCGCAGGCGAAGGUUUGUUAUAUGAGGAGUGGAAGUGCGGCUUUGGGAAAGCAGUGUCCGCAGGGUUUUGCGAGUGUGCAGAGUCCUUAUACAGGGAAGAACUUUUAG